AUGCGCCCAGAGCACAACUUCGUGGACACGCAGAUGCUGCUGGUGGGUGUCGUUGCCGAGAACUCCUCCAUCGCUGCGAAGGAAGCUGAAUGUUCAGCUGAAGGCCCGGGGGAUGUUCAGAGUGCUUCCUCGGCAUUGGCAGACGUUAAGAAGUACGUCGAGACGGAGCUCGGCAAGGGUGAGGGGCCGGUCUCCGUUGAGAUCCCCUUCACGGCCGAGGCGAAGACCAUCCUUGAAGCCUCGGUCACGGAGGCCCGGCAGCUGAACUCCAACGCCAUCGACACCGCGCACAUCCUCUUGGCCCUCUGCAAAGAUGCCAGUGGCAAGACGCAGAAGUGCCUGGAACAGUUGGGCGUGGAUCCGGCGAAGAUCCCGGAGGAAAUCGUCAAGGAAUUGCAAGACAAGGACGAGAAAGAACCCGCCGCGCAAAUGAAGAGCGGCGCAGGUGGGAAGACUCAGACUCUCGAAGAGUUCGGCCGUGACCUGACCAAGGCGGCUGCUGAGGGAAUGAUGGAUCCGCUCGUGGGCCGUGAGGCGGAGAUCGAACGAACGGUGCAGAUCCUGGCGCGGCGCCAGAAGAACAACCCCGUCCUCAUCGGCGAGCCUGGUGUGGGUAAGACGGCCAUUGCGGAGGGCUUGGCGUACAAGAUCGCGACCUCCGACGUGCCCGAGAUGUUGGUCGGGAAGAAGAUUGUCCAGCUCGACCUGGCAAUGCUUCUUGCGGGCACCAAAUACAGGGGCGAGUUCGAGGAGCGCCUGAAGAACGUCAUCAAGGAGGUCCUGGAUUCCGAGAAGAACAUCAUUCUCAUGAUCGACGAAAUCCACACCCUGGUCGGUGCGGGUGGCACGGGCGAUGGAGGUGGCGGCGGCGCCAUUGAUGCGGCGAACAUCAUGAAACCUGCGCUGUCUCGUGGUGAGCUCCAGGUGAUUGGAGCAACCACAAACGAAGAAUAUCGGAAGUACGUGGAGAAAGACAAGGCUCCCAAGUGCCCAGUGCGGGGACUUCGGUUUUGCGUGCUUUUCUUCUUCGGGUCUUAG